UUCGAGGAAUGGUAGAGUCCCCCGUGAGGCCCCGCGCCGCUCGCUGAUUGGUCGGUUCGUACCGCGCGUCGGUUUUUCCGCUUUUUGAAAAAAGAUAAAAAAUUCCCCCCCCUCAAAAUUUCACGAAAUCUCAAAACUCGACGGUAAAACAUCACCGAAUCAAUCGACCAAAAAAAACAUUAAACCAGCGCGCCUUACAGCUACAAACUACGCGGCGCAGACGCACGGGACUGCAGUGCUGCUCCCACACCUCACUGCCCCGGGUUUCACUGCUGGAGCGACACGCGGGGGGGACGACGCCAUGACGGCCCAGGAUGACUACGAGGAGCUGCUACGUCUCUACGAGCUCAGGGAGACCAUCGGCUCAGGUGGGUUUGCCAAGGUUAAGGUCGCGCGUCACUUGCUCACGGGGGAGAAGGUGGCCAUCAAAAUCAUGGACAAGGCUGAGCUUGGGGAUGAUUUGCCACGAGUGAAGACCGAGAUAGAAGCCAUGAAGAGCCUGAGCCACCAGCACGUGUGUCGUCUCUACCAGGUGAUCGAGACAAAGACGAAAAUCUUCAUGGUGCUGGAGUACUGCCCGGGCGGGGAGCUAUUCGAUUACAUCAUCGCGCGGGACCGCUUGCCCGAGGAGGAGGCACGUGUCUUCUUCCGGCAGAUCGUUUCGGCCAUCGCCUACGUCCACAGCCAGGGAUUCGCACACCGUGACCUCAAGCCGGAGAACCUCCUCAUCGAUGAGAACCACAACCUCAAGCUCAUCGAUUUCGGGCUCUGCGCUCGUCCCAAGGGCGGGCUGGAUUGCCACCUGGAGACCUGUUGUGGCAGCCCGGCGUACGCUGCACCAGAGCUCAUACAGGGAAAACCCUACUGUGGCUCGGAGGCUGACCUGUGGAGCAUGGGUGUUCUGCUCUACGCCCUCCUCUGUGGCUUCCUCCCGUUUGAUGAUGACAACGUGAUGGCAUUGUAUCGCAAGAUCCAGAGGGGGAAGUACGAGAUUCCCAAGUGGCUGUCACGCGAGAGCAUUACACUCCUCGACCAACUCCUGCAGGUGGACCCGACGCGUCGCUUGGCCGUGAGACAUCUUCUAGGUCACCCUUGGCUAAUGAGCGGCUAUGGCUGUCCCGUAGAGUGGCACAGCAAGUUCCCGCUGCUUCACGUGGACGAGGACUGCGUGACGGAACUCGCCGUCUUCGUCAAGAAGUCCAAGCAGCGGACGGCAGAGCUGGUCUCGGAGUGGUGCUACGACGAGUUCACAGCCUGCUACCUGCUGCUGCUUGCCAAGAAGGCGUCGGGCCGCCCCGUGCGUUUGAUGCCCCCGGGUGUCACCGCCCCCCGCUCCUGCCCCCGCGUGCGCGUCGCCUCUACGCCACACGCACGCGCCAACAAGUCAAGAAAGGCGCUGGCGUUUAUGGCACCACCUGGCGGAGGGGGCGAGGAGGGAGGAGACGGCGUGGAGCAGGAGGAUGAGUCAGAGGACACGCCGUAUGUGUUUGGCUCCAUGGACUUUGACGACGCCGACUCUUACUUUGACGACUGCCCCUUCAGAAGGGAGAGGCAUUGCUCAGGCCGACCGCCGGCCAAGAAGCCCCGACCCAAAUCCGAGACCACGGAGUACGACGUGGCACAACCGCGACGGGCGCGAGCUACCGCCCCGGCAGCGGCGACGACGCCCGGCGGCAAGGAGAACGUUCCCCACGCCCGCCCUCCCAAGCCCAGCACUUCCUCAUCGUCAUCCUCCUCUACGUCGUCUCUUUCCUCUGCAUCAUCGCCACUCAAACGCAAAACGCCCGGUGGGAAAGGGAAUGCCGCCACUCCGCGAUCAACGCCGGCGCAGGCCGGGAAGCCCUCCACGCUCGUCGCCCUCACGCCGGGUUCCCCGACGUGCCGGGCCGGUGCCGUAGCCGAAUCGGACUCGGAGAGGAAAGCGGUGACGAGGACUCCGGCAUGGGUGAAGGAGGUGGUGGCGUCGUGGCACGCACCGCAGGGACAGGGGGAUUCUUCUCCGCUUGUAUCCAGGCGUGGUGACCCCCAGUGUGAGCGGCUGCGCGUGGCCCCACAGUUGAGUCCAGACCGCAACAGAUUCGGGUCUUCGGGGUCCGACACUGAACGUGGCUCUGCCGCUGCCGUCGCCACCGGUGGAGGAGUCGUAGCGAGCGGCGGCGGCGGUGCCGCCGGUGGCUCCAAGACGCGGCGCGGGGGGAAGGUGUUCGGGAGCCUGGAGCGCGGCAUCGACCGCGUGCUGGCGGCGCUGACGCCCAGCAAGCGGCGCGGCUCGGCGCGGGACCUUCCCCGGCGCACGCGGUACCACUACAACGUGACUCCCACGGGGAGCCUCAGUGCCGAGCAGGUGCUCGCAGAGUUGGUGCGGGUCUUGCCGCAGAAGCACAUCGACUUCCAGCAGAAGGGGUACACCCUCAAGUGCCAGACGCAGUCGGACUUUGGCAAGAUCACGAUGCAGUUCGAGUUGGAGGUUUGCUCGCUGCUCAAGCCCGAGGGCGUGGGCAUCAGGCGGCAGAGGCUCAAGGGAGACGCGUGGGUCUACAAGCGGCUCGUGGAGGACGUCCUCGCGUCUGCCAAGCUGUCCUAGCUCGGCGUGUCGCCCCCACUGUGCCGCAUCUCGCCGCCGUGUAACUCCUCUCAAACUUCCGUUUCCACGCGUUCCUCCCCUUUCUCCGCCAGUAACGCCCCUUACCAAACUCCUUUUCUCUUCUGCUCCCUCUAACCUUGAAAUAACACCGUCCUUCUAUCCCCUCUAUUGUAUGUAUGUUGAACUUCUUCCGCACCGUAGGUAGCCGACCGUGCUAAUCGGAGGUGCUCCCUCUCCCAAUGUAACCCAAGAACUCCGCUGCCUUGCCCUUCUGUUCUUCCCUCUUAACGUUAUAACACGCGGGUGGGGAAACUAUAGCCCGCGACUUUGUCAUAUGGUCUGCUGGGCCAGAUUGGACCCACCACUACAGGGCGGCCCACAAACAAUAACAUUUGGGAAUGCGAGAGCCUUAGCUGCACUAAUGUAUAUAUGUUGAACUUCUUUCGCACCGUAUGUAGCCAGCCGUGCUCAUCGGACGUGCGGGGGGGAGGGCAACAAACUAAAC